UUACAUUGUUAUGCAAGUAGUAUAUCUGAUUAUUCACAAGUAUCUGCCCAAGCCAACUUGAGUCGUUUUAUGACAGGUUCCCAAGCGUAAACAAACAAAAUGUAGCAAGUUUAAUAAUGAAGUAAUAACAAACCUAAUAUGUAUUUGAUUUUAUUUAAACAAUAUUGUACAUAUAUAUUAAUAUAAACUCUUGAAGAUUAUAAGAUUUGAAUGAAACUUGCGGAAUCUAUGGACUGUACUGGCGAAACCCUAGAGUGUCGCGGAAACUCGAUUAAAAACCUUCGCUAUAGAAAACCGAAAAUGACGAAGAUAGUGGUUUUCCAUGUUUGUUCGUUUGAAACAAGUUUUAGCACCACCUGGCCAACCCACAAAUGUUAAUUAGACUCUGGUCAAGGUCAAAUAUGAUUGCAAUACCUUUCCAAGAAUCCGAUUUCUUUGCCAAUUGCACUUCUAAGAAAUAUUGGGAUAUCCGUAUGUUAAUUUUAACGCAUCGCUAAAAUUACCUUUUUCUACAGCAAAUCAUACCGACGGCCGUACAAGUUAGAUAAAAUAAAUUAAUAUAAAAAAAAAUGAUGAAAAUUUAGACUUUGAUUAUCAUAAUUGAAAGUAUGAAAGUAUUCCCUACCCCGGGAAAUUGAAAAGUUUGACUCCAGUAUAAGCAUGCAAACUCCUACUCCACAAGCCUAUAACUUAGACCCCAUAUCUGCCUUUACAGAACGUAAUUUGUACUUACGAUACAUGAAAAAUCCGAAUGACAUAAUGAUCCGAUUGCUAAUUUAUAUUGUAAUUACUGAGUACAAAGAAAAUUUGGUUGGAUCAGGUUCGGAAAAGACUUGGAUCGGAUUCGAGUCGUUACCAAUACACAAAUUGAAUUGAACACAAAUCUGCUAAAAAAUUGGGUACUUCCGUGGUAUAUGUACUAUAUGUUAGGGUUAGGCCAUCAUUUUAUUCCGAUUUUUCUUAUUUUAGUUCUAUUACGAGUUCGGGGACUGUAAGUGUUAGCGAAGUCGAUAUACCCCCUGCCCAUAGGUUUCAGUCCCUUUAUACAACUUGAUGUAAAGUAGGCGAACAAAAUUAGUUACCGCCAUAUUGGUACAUACACUUCUGGAGCGCCGAAAAUUAUAAUAGAAUCAUCCUGCUUAUGAGUAUAUACAUGGAGACUCCGGCCCACUGUUAGAAACAUUUGUUGAAUUUGCUCGCCUUCAAACCAGAAUAACCAUUUAACCCAUAAAUAUAGAGGGUAUACUUUAUUUUUCGUAUUGUUUAGUUUAAAUAUUAUUAUUGGAUAAUAACAAAACCAGCCAAAGUAAUUCACUGUUCUAUGAGAUAUUAUAGGCAAAUUCUGCGGAGGAAUCUUAUUGAAAAUAUAACAAAAAAGUUCGUAAAAAUUACUAUCAUUGGAUAGUUAUUGUAUUAGAUGUGAUUUAUACUUCAGCAACGAUGGUAAAUAAUCGGAAAGGGAUCGGUUGCAGGUUUAAGCUCGGAACGGUACUUACUAAUCAAUCAUGCGAUAUAAUUUAACCAUAUUAUUUGCCAUGAUUUGCGGAUUUAUAUUCACAAUAAUAGCUGUGCGGAUCGUGUGAUAUUAUUGAAAAUGUUAUACAGUACAGUAGGUAACCUUUUCAUGUCGUCACGUACCAGGUGAGUUACUGUACUGGCAAACAGUAUGCUUUAAUCUUUCCGCUAUCUGAUUCUAUAUUGGCGAGUAUUUUUGCAAAGUUAUAUGGGAAAACAAACAACCGAAGUAUAGGUAUCGAAAUGGACAACAAGACGCCACAAAUGACUACCUUCCAACCUCGAAAUAGUCUAUAUAUGACCUGUAUAUGUCUUGUACACGUCCGAUAUUGGACAUGGAUAAGAAAUGAUUGACACAAAGAGCAUUACAUCAAUGUUUUUAACUUCGGAUUAUUUUUCAUUUCACAAAUAACCUACAAUACAAGGAUGAAAGUAUGAUCACGCUGUCCAACUCGAGCUCACAAAGCGCCAAAAUUAAAAUUAACCCCAAUCUCUAGAAUUGCGCCAAAUUUUGUGGUAAUUUUGUAAAAACCAUGCACGUAACUAAAUGUACAUAUAGCUAAUGUUUAUUGGAAAUAAAACAUACAUAAAUGGUAUUGAAUGCAUAGCCUCUAAAAACUCACAUGUGCGCCCAAACAUAAUUUGGAUAUAUUCUAAAUCAAGGAGGUUUAUCAAGGAGACAGCGAGUGUGCAAGCUGAGAGUUUCACUCUUCGUGUCUUACUCGGACAUAAAUUUGAAUUGACUUAAAAAAGAAAAAAAAAGUUUAUGCGUAUGAUGAAACAACUAUCAGUGAAACUACAGAUAUUUACAUAUCCUUUGAAGAAAAAAAUAAUCGGUUGCGCUUUCCUACAACAGAAAUCGGUAGGAAGGUAGGAAAGGUAUACUAAAUGAGUAACGUUCUCAGAAGUUGUGAUGUAUUUUUGUUUUCUUAAAAUCAGGAAGUAUUUGUGAAUUGUAUGGCUUCCGUCCUGCCAAAUCUCCGAUAAGUAUACAUUUUCCCACCAUCAUUGCCUGACAAAGUCAUUCAAUUUAUUCAGUCAGUCGGAGAGUGUGGUUUGAGACAAAAUGAUCUUGCGAGACCAAAAUCAAACCACUACACACAGACGGAUGGAUACUUUCAGUUCCUGUAAGCAAGUACUAAAAUUUUCGGGAAGAUGUUUUAGUAGGAGUUUCAGUGCAAAGUAGAAACUAAUAGAACUGGAGACUUUAUAUUUCAAACGCUUGCUUAGCAAUUUACUGAUUUAAUUCAAUAUGUUAAGAAUAAAAAUUCAAAUAUAAAUCAGCGAGAAACGAAUCAAUGACAAUCAUGACAGCAAUCAAUUGAGCAAAUUGGCGUCGUGGGUGAAAUUUGAAUUGAAUAUUAAAUGUACAGGUUCAGUAAAUAGUCGGGCGUGAAAAAAUCUGAUCAAUUUCUAGUCUAGAAUCUUUUUAGUAAUAGUCUAGGACAGGUAACCAUAUAUAGACUGAAAAAGGGAAUUGCAUAUUACAAUAUGCAUCUGACAUCUUAUGGACGUUCUUGUUGUUAAUUCAACGAAGAGUAUUUGUUAGACAAGUAUUUGAUGUGUUUUGCAAUUUAGUCAUAAUACAAAUUUACUACAAUACAAAUUCUUUAAUGAACUUUAUUAACUGAAGUUAUUAUUCUAAAUACAAUAGAAAAUAUCUUCCAGUGGAUUGUAUAGGCUACAGAUAUGUCCUCAAAUUUAUCAAAUUAAAUAGAAACUCAUCAAUAAAUUUGUUGUCAUUUUCACUUUAAACAUAAAAUAACAAUAAAAUAAAAAAUGGGUGAAGGUGAAAAACGAACUUGGGCCCGAUCGAAAGAUGUUAGUUUACACUUAGAAAUGGGUGCUUUGAUCACUGGGACAAAAGUGCGCUCAAUCUUAUAGUCCGAAUCCAGAAUCAAACCUAAUCCAACUCAGGUGCAAAGAUAAUAGAAAAUCAUUGCAAUACCUAUAAAACGGUUUUAGAUAUUUCAGUAUGGUCUUCGUCAACUAAACUUAAAAAAGAACUUCUCUAGCAACUACACUAUAUAUUUAAGAUAAUGUCUUGUGGAACUCAAGUAUUUAUGAAUAGUCUUAAUGCAAUUUAUCGUAAAAAUCUGAGAUGUGUUUAUUAUGUUACAGAAAGUCAAUUAAAAAAAAAAACAAUGACAAACAAUAUGGCAUCAUACAUUUUCGUGAUUAUCUGUAUAUCGGGAUUUACAUGUGGUAUGCCAGCACCUUUUGAAAUGCCAAUAAAUUCUCUGGUGUCGUACUAUGAAGACAAGGAUAACGACGCAAAGGCGAAUCCGAUCCCUUAUGAUAAUUAUGGUGCUCCGCCUGAUCACUAUCCUGCUAUUAUUCCUGAUAUGUCUCAGAGUUAUUACGAUGAAAAUUCAACAUAUCCUGGUAUCUACGAUAAUAAUGAAUGUCAUUCCGUCAGAAACUGUCCGUGGGAACUCCAGAAUCCGGAAGAUCCAAGCGACCCAUACGCCCCUAUUUUUCUCGGGCCUGGUUAUUUAGGGUUCGGGUUAAAUCCCGAUGAAGACAGAGUGUGGAAAUGUAACGUGGAAGUUGACUGUUUUGCACAAGAAAUAAUUCCCGAAGAUUUAUCCAAUGAUACUGAAGUCCUAUUUUUGCGUUCUUUCAAUUUUACAACAUUGGAAAUUGGAAAUUUAUCUGUUCUACCUCCCCUUAUCAAGCUAAGAAUUGAAUAUAGUGAUCUAAGGACUAUCGAACCAGGAGCGUUCGCAAGCCAACCAACACUUGAGAUUUUAGAAUUGGAAGGCAAUGACAUUGAAAAUAUCCGACCGUCAACUUUCAUAGAACUCAAGGAUUUGACAAAUUUAGAUUUAUCGAACAAUCAGAUUCAAAAACUAAGAAGAAAUAUGUUUGCUGGUCUCGAGUCUGUUACGGAACUUAGCGUAGGCAGCAACAGCUUGGUCGACUUGGAUGGUUAUACUUUUGCUGAGAUGAACAAUCUGGAGGAACUGACGAUAGACGACAAUAAUAUAACGUUCAUUUCAAACAACGCAUUUAGCGGAUUGCCAAAUUUGAAAAGGCUGUAUCUGAAUCAUAACAGACUAAGUUCGGUACCGACUAUUGCCCUGAGAGAACCUCCAAGUCUCAUCCAUCUACAUUUGACUGGAAAUCCAUUACGUGCCAUUUUUCGAUCUGACUUUCUUGGUUUAGAGACAUUGGAAACGCUUUGGCUCGAUGAAUGUGAACUAGUUAGUAUCGGAAGACGAGCUUUUCACAAUAAAAAAUUGAAAAUGUUAGUUUUAUCUGACAACUAUCUUACAAAAGUGCCAAAUUUGGGUACAAUGAGACGAUUGCAAACAGUGCGACUUGAGCAUAAUCCAUGGAAUUGUGAUUGUAAUAUGACACGUACAGUACGAUGGUUAAGGCGACACAGCUUAAGCCCACAGUCACAGGACCCCGAAUGCGCCACUCCACCGCACUUCGAAGGUAAACGGGUACUAGAGUUAAGCAAUGAUGACCUAUGCUCUCCGCCACCAAAAUACAUUCCACGGGUUAGACCACCAUUUUCGGAAGUUGACCGUAACGGAGUUAUUACACAAUGGCAUCCUCAACCACGCGCAGAUGAAGUAAAUGAACUGCCUCCCACUACGAAGAGUUAUGAACGGAAAGAUACCGCGCUUGGACUCAUUCCUGAGGGAGGGUGGUCAAAGUUACCUUAUGAUACAGACAAACUGUAUUCUACCAAUAUUGUAAGAGAUCCUGUGAAACCAAUACCUACCAUUAUUGCUCCCAGCACGGAAGUAAUGUCUACUACCCAGCUAGCGACCCAGAGGCCAUUGACGACAACAGAGCUUACAACGAUGCGAGGCAGUGCCGAGCAUGAGACCACGCGUGCCAUCAAAGUGCGAGAGACAACUUCAACGACCGGUAACAGAUCUGUUGCGGCUAUAAGUACUCCAGCGACUACUUUUACAAAUAUAACCAAAUUUCAAACUAGGUUUAUCACAGAAACUACGGAGCAAAAUGAACAGCCGAAUGAUUAUGGAACGCCCAUUUCAGUAACAAUUGUUAUUGGGCUUGUUGUGGCGGUCAUUGUUGUCAUAACAAUAAUAGUUGGAGUACUCUGCAUUCUACAGCGAUAUCAUGAAUUAAAGGCAGAGAAGCAGAAUCCCCGUCGAAUCGAGAUGAAAACAAACUCUUCUAAUAACGUUACAAAAUCCAGCUCUUCGACAAAAGAGGUGGUAGAAAAUGGAAAAGUAGUGAAAUCAAUAGAAGGUACAUGAAGCUAUUCAAUAUGAUCAGGUAUACCUAAUUGAAAUUAAAAUACUGCCAAAAUCCAAUCUCUGUAUACAAUAGCAGUCCCGAUUAUAUACGGUAUAGUAAGGAUUUCGACGAAAUUAAAAUUAGGAGCGAAAUUCAAUUUGUAAUUGAUGUGGAUUAGUGUAUAUAUUCAUUUACGUCUUUAUAUUUCUAUAAUAUUGUGUUUACAUUACCAUAUUUGUAUUCCAAUCUGGUAUAAUGUCAAUAAAUGCUCAGAAAGGCAGUAA